UGCGAGGCGGCGCGGCAGCAGACAUGGCGUCUCCCGCGCGGGGAAACCACGUGUGGGUGGGAUCCGAGACGGGCAUAUUGAAAGGGGUCAACCUGCAGAAGAAACAGGCCACGAACUAUAAGAUGGGGGAAAUGUCCCUCAAUCGACAAGAAGCUGUCACUGCCAUGUGUUGGGGGGAUUCCUAUGAAUCGGAGAUCUUUGUAGGAUGCCUUGAUGGAUCAGUUAGAUUAUUCAGCACCGAGAAGGGCAAGUUUAUUGAAUCCCGAGACUGUCUGGGAGGUGAAGGACCCUUUUGUGGCUUGGCUGUCCUUGAUGGUUCCCUUAUCACCUGUGUGGAGUCUGGGUUGCUGAAAGUCUGGCGGGAUUCCUCCUCAGAGAAUGUGGAGACACAGGUGGGGCCCGGCGUGUGCCGCAUGCGACAGAACUCCAAACAGCCCCAUCAUGUGGCCACAGGGGGGAAAGAGAACUGUCUUAAAAUAUGGGACUUGCACCAGCCUCAGGCACCGAUUUUUCGAGCCAAAAAUGUGCGCCAUGAUUGGCUUGACCUGAGGGUACGUAUUUGGGACCGGGACUUGGAAUUCCUGCCUGGAUCAGAGAAGAUUGUUACUUGUACUGGACACCAUCAGGUCCGGCUCUACGAUCCCAGCUGUCCCCAACGCCGUCCCGUCUUGGAGGUUACCUUUGGCGAGUACCCGCUUACAGCUCUCUCACUCACCUCCGAUGCAAACGCUGCUGUUGUUGGUAGUUCCCGUGGGGACGUUGCGGUUAUAGAUCUGCGGCAAGGGCGUUUGGUGAAGUGCCUGAAGGGCUUUGCUGGGAGUGUCCGUGCCAUCCAGUGUCACCCGACGCUUCCAGUGGUCGCCUCGUGCGGGUUGGACCGUUUCCUUCGGCUGCACAACCUCCACAGCAAGUGUUUAGAGCAUAAGGUUUAUCUAAAAUCCCGAUUGAACUGCCUUUUGCUGACCAGCCGGGAGAAAUGGGAGAGCAAGGGCCUCGAGCCAUCAACUGACCUCCAGGAUGAGGUGAAAGAGGAAGAGGAAGAGGAAGACGACGAGAUUUGGAACUCCAUGGAAGUCGUCACCCCUAAGCGGAAAGUAGAUCCAGAUCUUGGCUCCAGGGCCGGGAGUGAGAAACCCCCCAAGGACCGGACCUUCAAAAAGCAGAAGAUGAGAAAGGCUAAAUCUUGAUCAUGGCGAGAGGUACCACCUCUACCUUUUUUAACCCAGAGCUGGCAAACUCUCACCUCAUGGGUUUCUUAACGGACGUGGGUUUGCUACAUGGGAAACAUCUUUGGUGCACUGAUCAAGGGAGGAAAGACGAAGACACACUGUCCCAUUCCCAGUGGGAAAGGUUCUUUAUCCUCUUUGAUCAUUCCCAUGCUCGCUUUGAGUUCUGACGCUGGACGAGCAGGAAUUAGCACACGCUUCAUCUCCAGGAUCUUACAGGAACAAGAGCUUAUGAAAAGGAGGCGGAAAAGUUGUUGAAAUUCUCCUUCCCCCUCUGUCUUCUAUUUUAGCUGCUUAGUUCUGUCCAAAGAUCUGUCCUCACCAUCUUAGGUAGCACAUUCCCCACUUUUAAUGAUUUUGGCUGUUUCAGUAGCAUCCACCAGAUCUGAAGUUUUUGUGAAAAUGAAUGAGCAUUGCUUUAUGUCCAAGCUGAUUUCAUCAUUGCUCCCCACAGCCCUCCUUGAUCCCCCCCCCCGCCAGUCCCUCUUGACUUGUACAGGGUUGGAUGACAAAUUGGGAAGCUGUGAUUCCUUCCUUGUUUGCUGAGGUUGGGGUUUCCAAAUCAUAAAAAGGAGAAAGGCUUGUCUCUUGGAAGUAUUGAUCGAUUCAGAAAAUAAGGAGGCUUUUCUAAGGAACAGGUUUGUGUGAUGCUAGAUAAAUGUAAAGCUGCUAUGGGACAACUUUGUGAAUUGUACAUUAUUUCUGCUCUUAAGGAAAGGCAGCAGUAAAGAAACUUUAUUUAAAGCGGGAAAGAUUUUUUUUUAUUUCUUAAAGGCCUGAGGUAAAGAGGCAAUACUGAAUCACUUGGAAGGCAUAGACUAACUACGAACUAUCAGAGAAAAGCAACGAGAGAGAAAUUUGUCCCCAUUUGGGUUGUGUUUAUGAAGUAUUAUUUUACAGUGGGGUGUUUCAGGGCUACAGUCUCCCAAAACAUUUUUCAAAAUUUAAGAGAAAGCACCAAGACAGGAUGGUCCUAUUAGCAAGUUUGGAUGUGCCAAAUGUUUUAAAUUGAGAGCAUUUUGUAUAACCUUCUCAACAAGGAUUGGAAAUGCACAGCCAAAGAGAGAAAAAUAAAUGCAUUUCUUAAA